AUGGUGGAAGUGAUCCCUAAACAAAUCAAACAUAUUUGGGACACAUGGAAUAUCAGGGGAAUGAUCAUCCUCAGUCUCUCGCUUCAGACGAUUCUCAUUUUCGUUUCUCCCUCGAGGAAACGAACGUCCAACAAGCUUCUGAUCCUUCUCUUGUGGUCCUCGUAUCUAUUGGCAGAUUUGUCUGCGAAUUUUGCGGUCGCGUUGAUUGCCAAGAACCAAGGUAAAGACCCUAAACCCGAUGAUCCUCCUCAAGACAAGAAGCUAGUCGCCUUGUGGGCACCUUUCUUGCUCUUACACCUUGGUGGACCAGACACCAUCACUGCGUUUUCCCUCGAAGACAAUGCUCUCUGGACCAGACAUUUUCUUGGGCUUGUCUUUCAAGCGCUUGCAGGUGUCUAUGUGGUUGUUCAGUCUCUACCCAAUGUACUUUGGGGAAUACUACUUUUACUAUUCACUGCUGGGACUUCUAAGUAUCUGGAAAGGACAAUUGCAUUGUACCUUGCGAGUUCAGACAAGUUCAGGGGAUCGAUGUUGCAGGCCUCCAGUUCAGGGUUUGACUACACCGAGCAAACAAAGAACCUAGAUAUGGACUUAAUACUUGCUUCUGAGAUGUACAUGAAGGAGAACCGCAGACAGCUGAAACCUCUGAAGCUCAUAUUCCCCAACAGAGGCUUGACCCACCUUGAAAUUCUUCAAUAUGCCUUCUUGUUCUUCAACAACUUCAAGAGUAUUAUGGUCAAUAACAUCUUCGGCUUGGAUCUGCGCGAUGAAAGCAAAACAUUCUUUAGCUUAUCGAGACUACAAGAUGAAGAAGCUCUGAGGAUUAUAGAGGCCGAGCUUGACUUUAUCUAUGAAGGCUUGUACACAAAAGGUGCGGUUCUUCAUAGUUUGCUUGGAGUUGUGUCCCGGCUUAUAUCCUUGGGAUCUCUUCUAUCAGCCUUUGGCAUCUUCCAUUAUAGACACACUAAGAUCCAAGAAUUUCACAAAGCCGACAUCAUGAUCACUUACAUGUUGUUCUUAGUUGGCAUAGCUUUGGAUGCUAUAUCCAUCCACAUGUUCAUGGUUUCAGACUGGACAACAGCCAUCCUCGCAAAGCUAAAGGAUGACCCCGACGAGAUGUAUUCAACAAAAGACCGCAUACUCAACUGGAUCCUUUUUCUAAAGACGCCACACUGGAAGCGGCAAACAUGUCGCGAGGGACAUCAGCAUGAGGUGCUUAACACACCGUUUCUACUCAGAAGAUGGAAUGGAAGCAUCAAAAUGUUCAACUUCAUCAAAUACUCCUUCAAUGCAGAUACAGAAAAGAUCCAUGACCCCAGGGGUAGAACCAGAUUAGGUCCCCUUUUCAUUUACGCUAUCUCCACCAUCCAAACUUGGUCCGGAAACAUCGCCAUGUGGUUUCGUGACCUUGACCAGUGUGUUAUCCACAGAGUGAUCACUCUAUCGCCAGGAGAAAAUCUGGUGACUCGUUCUAUUAUCACCAUCUUCCAGAAUUUUGUUGAAUUUUUUAUCCAUGUACCUUACGUUAUCGCGUUUCUUGGUGCCUGCUUGAUCAACUUCUUGGGCAUCAAGGAUCUCUUCCAUGAGAUAAGACUGGUAAGAUCUGUACAUAGCGAACCCUUGACAAGAAAUCUAUGGUCUUACGUCUUUUCUGAGCUGAAAAUCAAGUCCCAGAUUCCAGAGAACCUGAAGAAUACCAAAACAAAAACCUCGGCCAGGAGAGGUUGGGCGUCAAGCCAUACCCAGAUUCAAAUAGCAGAUCAUGAAAUGCUGUUGCAUUACAUAACAGAUGUCGAUUAUGACCAUAGUCUUUUGAUCUGGCACAUUGCCACCGAGCUCUGUUACCAAGAAGAAGCUUCCACCAAAGAGAAGUGUGAUACAUCUGAGUAUCACAAAGACCGUGAGCACAGCAAAAUCCUUUCCGACUACAUGAUGUAUCUCUUGAUCAAGCAGCCCAAGCUGAUGUCAGAGAUAGCUGGCAUAGGGAAAAUCAGAUUCAGAGACACCUUGGCGGAAGCUGAAAGAUUCUUCGACAAGAUGGGUAUCAGAAGCUCUAGGAGUGUGAAAUUAGCUUGUGAGAAAAUUCUUUCAGUCGAUACCAGCAUCGAACCAAGAGAUGUCAAAGGAACUCAUAGCAAAUCGGUGUUAUUUGAGGCAUGUAUACUGGCCAAAGAACUUCUGAGACUGGAGAAAGACAAAUGGAGAACACUCAGCAUAGUGUGGCUGGAGUUCCUCUUCCACGCAGCAUCACAUUGUGACGGUACAACGCGUAUGGAGCUACUUAGCAAAGGUGGGGAGCUAAUCAAUUUCGUUUGGCUACUAAUGGGUCACUUAGGCAUGGGGGAAUGA